UACGAAUAGGAGCGCUGCCGAACGAGUCAACGAAGCGAUUGACGAUUGCCUUCGUCAUCGUCUGCAGGUUUUGUCGACUAAUGAAUAAUUGCAGUGAAGUGUUAAAAUUAUGUUAAAUUUGAAGUGAAAUAUAGUAUUGGUGAUGUUGACCUUAGGCUUGUUAUUAUUUCGCAAAAAAACUGUAAAAGAACACACGUUUACUGUAGUAAUUCGUCAAAAAUCGAGAAAGCUUCAAACGUGUUUGAAGCUUUCGGUUUCGCAUUAAUGGAACUAUGAACCUGGACCCUCUAACGUUUAGUUUAUCACAAAUAAAUUAUCUUGUUGUAAAUUUAAAUAAGAAGAACUUUAAACAGACAAGUCAAGAGUUGUCCCAGAUUGUCAGUCUCUAUGGCUUGGAAGCAGAGAAUCAACUGCUGAGGUGUCUGCUCAGUGAGGCGGCUAAAACGUGGGACGAGCGUACGGCAUCCAGCGUGCAUGCGUCACUCCUCGCCCAGCACUUGGCCUGUCUACUCAACCACCCCGCAAAGUCUACGGUGAUCUGCCAAGCUGUUGAUCAACCCACACGCUCACUGCAAAAGGUUUUAAAACCAACGAAUUCACUACUUAGUCGACUAGCAAGGUUGCUGAAAUUUACGACAGCCCAAGAUGUUGCCUUCACAUUGGUGCUGAGAAGAAAUUCUUCGAAACCUGACAUUGUUUCUCUUGCCAAACAGCAUUUAAAGAAAAGAUUUUUGGACUUUGUCCAGUGUUAUCUUGACGCAGAGCGUGGUCAUCAAGUUGAGAGAGCGGGACUUCAGGAAUGCAGCCCUGAAGUUUUGCAAACUCUUCUAACCAGUCUCGCCUACGAGAACUUCCGGCUUGCAGCCGUCACGAAGGAUUUGUUUUUGAAACGUCUGCGUAUAGACUUUCCCCGCGAGGUUGUUCCUAUUGUACUUGCGCCCCUGCUGUACCCCGACGACACACAAACUCCUUUGGAGGAGAUGACAACGUCUGAUGAUAUGACAGCAGCAAUGAUGGAUAAUACUUUAGCGGAAAUCAUUCGAGACAUCGGCUAUGCCUUCACGGCUUCCGUCGAAGACUGUAAAAAUAAUAUGGUCAAUUUUGGUGCCAGGGAGCCCACAGCAAUUGACGUUGCCAGAAUCAUAUCUACUAUGAUCAAGUAUCAUGCAACUAUACAAGAAGCUCCACAUGUCCAAACUCCAGGGAAUUUCUGGAUGAAUCAUGAGGCUAAAAAGGAGGCCAUGGCCCAUGGGCACGUCGGAGAAACGUGGAACCCAGAGGUAUUUGUCCAGACACUCAAAGAACUUGCUUCAAAUUUAAAUUGGAAAGAAGUCAUUCUACAAUUAGAUCAUCCAGAAUUCAUUGUUCCCGAUAGACAGGGUUUGAGCCUACUAUUUACUAUUUUGCGCCUAGGUCUCCAGAGCGCUGGAUAUCCUGCAAAUAUAUUCCCCGUUGAAUACCUUUGUCGUCGUUGGGCGAAUUUGGAAGGUCAAAUGAGUUUAUUAACGAACAUACUCAAACAUCCGGAUAUAUUCAGCUUUGCCGAUCAUCCUUUCCAUCCAGUAUCGAUAGAUCUGCUGAAAUCGCCACCGGAAACAGAUAACAAAGAAGUAUCUACUUGGCGAUGUCUAUAUUUGGUAGAGCUAUUAUUAUAUGCUUCAGAACGCGGCUAUUAUCUGCAAGUACACGAGCUAUUUAAAUAUCCACUACAGCACUGUCCUGACAUACUAUUGUUGGCGUUGUUACAAAUUAGUCCACCUAUAACGGUGUUUAGACAAGAAUUAUUAACAACACUCAUUCCUAUAUUUUUGGGCAACCAUCCAAACUCGGGCAUAGUUUUACAACAUGCAUGGCAUUCACAAAAUCCCAAUAUCAAGCCCAUAAUCAUGCAUGCAAUGGCAGAUUGGUAUAUACGAGGAGAAUGUGAUCAGUCGAAGCUAUCAAGAAUAUUGGACGUUGCGCAGGACCUUAAGGCUCUAUCCUUAUUGUUGAACGUCCAAUCUUUUCCAUUUAUAAUCGAUCUAGCUUGCCUAGCAUCGCGUAGAGAGUACCUCAAACUUGACAAGUGGCUAACAGACAAAAUACGUGAUCAUGGAGAGACAUUUGUUACAGCCAUGGUUAAAUUUCUUCAACGAAGAUGUCCCCAAAUAAUUGGGAAAAUACCGGAAGACCAAUUGCCCAAAGCGGCACAGUUACCGCCGGAGACUGUGGGCACAAUGUUGGCCUGUCUACAGUUGUGUAUCCCCAAUGUUCAGCAAGAAUUACAGGAGGCGAUAUACAACUUAAUGGCUAGCUGUCAAGCCUUAAUUCUUACUAAAGCUAGACCGGGUAUACCCGGUAUUGCAAGACCUCAUACACGGAUUUUAGAAACUCCAUUCAAUCCUGCUGGCCUGGGCCCUCAGCUUUUUACUCCCCAUGUUGACGCUAUUGCAAAUUUAGCACCGAAUGUCGCCAAUAUGACAUUGGGAGCACCGGCAAAUACAGCUUUUGCAAUGCCAGGUACUCUCGGACCAUUAGUCGCAGCUCCAGGAUCACCAUCUCGUCUCCUAGGAGCUGGACCUAAUAGUCCCUUUGCUAUGAUGCCCAUGCAGCAACAUGUUGCCAAUGUGGCAAAUAUGGGAGCAUUAGCCCGAAUGCCUCCAACACCUAUGGACAAGCCACGAUUGCCAGAUCCUAUACAUUUACCAGAAAUGAUUCACAAUGUGUCCAAAGAAAUAGAAGACGAAGCCAAUGGUUAUUUUCAAAGGAUUUACAAUCAUCCUCCUCAUCCUACAUUAUCAAUAGAUGAGGUACUAGAAAUGCUUAAGAAAUUCCAAGAUUCGCCCAACAAAAGGGAACGUGAUGUGUUCUCUUGUAUGCUCCGGAACCUAUUCGAAGAGUAUAAAUUUUUCCCACAAUACCCCGAUAAAGAGUUGCAUAUUACAGCGCAGUUAUUCGGUGGUAUCAUUGAGAAGGGAUUAGUUCCUAGUUAUGUGUCACUAGGGCUGGCUCUAAGAUUCGUCCUAGAUGCUUUACGAAAGCCGGAGGGCUCUAAAAUGUAUUACUUUGGCAUAGCGGCUUUAGAUAGAUUUAAGUCGCGAUUAAAAGAUUACCAUAAAUAUUGCGAACACGUAAGAGCCAUACCGCAUUUUAAUGAAUUCCCUCCACACUUAAUCGAAUACAUUGAGUACGGUCUCCAGAGCCAAGAGCCGCCCACUAAACCACAGGGGGCAGUUUUACCUACGAGUCUAACCGCCAUCUUGAAUCAGACCGCCGUUAUAACAGUUUCAGCACCUUACAGGGCAGUAAUUUGCGCUCCCAGUGCCAUCUCUGUCAUCUCGAAAGUGUCAAAUUGUAUUGCGGGCGGUAUAGGAAGUCGGCCGUCAAUAGCCAACGCCACCAACAUUGAUACACUACUGACUGCUACCGACAGGGAAGAGAAGAUAAACGCACCACCAGAGGCUAUUCAAGAUAAAACUGCUUUCAUAUUCAAUAAUCUUAGUCAAUUGAACUUACAACCCAAAUGUGAAGAGUUAAAAGAAAUUAUAACAGAAGAAUAUUUCCCAUGGCUAUCACAGUACCUAGUGAUGAAAAGAGCGUCCAUAGAACUAAAUUUCCACGCUCUGUACUCAAAUUUCCUAGACGUCCUAAAAAUUCGUGAAAUAAACAGGUUAGUUACUAAAGAAACUUAUCGGAACAUCAGAGUAUUGUUGCGAUCUGAUAAAGGCAUAGCUAACUUUUCUGAUCGAUCGUUACUCAAAAACCUCGGCCAUUGGUUAGGCAUGCUCACCUUAGCUCGCAAUCAACCGAUCCUCUACAUCGACCUCGACCUCAAAGCACUCUUACUUGAAGCUUAUCACAAAGGCCAGCAGGAGCUGUUAUAUGUCGUGCCGUUUGUUGCGAAGGUCUUGGAAUCCUGCGCCAAGAACGUCGUAUUUAAACCGCCGAACCCUUGGACAAUGGCCCUAAUGAACGUAUUGGCUGAAUUACAUCAAGAACCAGACUUAAAAUUAAAUCUGAAGUUUGAAAUAGAAGUGCUUUGUAAAAACUUGAGUUUAGACAUAGCCGAUCUUAAGCCAUCUCUGUACCUGAAGGACCCAGAGAAAGUGAGGACGAUAGAGUUCCAGCUCUCACAACCGAAACCGGUCAAAGAAACCCCCAACGUGAUGCCAGUGAAUCAGACAUUAGUUCCGGCACCACAAAUACAAUUGAUGCCACCACAGCCUCAGAUGAUACCCGUCGAAGAUAUGUCAGCUGCCGCGCCCACGCCCACCGCUGGGCUGGUCGCCAAUGAUCCAAACCUCAUGGGCGUCCUAGGUUUGCCAGAGCCACGGUUCAACUACCUCGACGUCAACGUCUCAUCCACCUCGGCCUUCGGACAGAAAAUAUGUUUCAAUCCGCAUAUCAUUCUGUUCCAAAACUACCCACACUUGAAACAAUUUGUGAAACCUGCUAUAGAAAGGUCGAUUCAAGAAUGGAUACAUCCAGUCGUCGAUAGGUCCAUCAAGUACGCUCUGACGACUUGUGAGCAGAUAAUAAGGAAAGACUUCUCCUUCGACCCCGACGAAGUACGUAUGCGCACUUGCGCUCAUCACAUGAUGAGGAAUUUAACGGCCGGUAUGGCUAUGAUAACCUGUCGGGAGCAGAUCAUCAGCACCAUUAGCACAAACCUUAAGGCGGCGUUCAUCACGGCUUUGAUACCGACCACGCCGCAACAGUUUAACACUUUGCAGAAGGAUAUCAUAGAGAGUGCCGCAGCGGUGCUUGCUACUGAGAACAUGGAACUUGCUUGUGCUUUCAUCCAGAAGACAGCCGUUGAGAAGGCGCUCCCGGAACUCGACAAACGACUGAUGAACGAUUACGAAAUGCGUAAAAUUGCUCGGCAAGAGGGCAGGAGAUACUACGAUCCCAUUGUCUUGACGUAUCAGACAGAGAGGAUACCGGAACGAGUCCGCCUACGCGUCGGAGGUCCAACGGACUUGCAGAUCUCUGUCUACGAGGAGUUCGCGUGCAACAUUCCAGGAUUCAUGCCUGUGAGAGACGCUGGAAUGUUCAUACCGAAACCGUCCGCCCAAGAACAAGUACCACAGAUGACGUUUAAUCAAGUAAUGAAUCCGCAACAGGUAUAUGGAACGGAUGAGAUGGGUACACUGAUAUCAGCUGCGGAGUUGUUCCUCAGCAACGCCCUGUCUGUUCCCUCGUUCGCGGUGCAAGCGACAAACAUGCAUACCUUACUCGAAUGCCUCAUCAUCGCCAGACGGAAUCGUGAUAUCGUUUCGGGCUACACUCUCCUACAGCGAGCUGUUGAGGGUCUCCUAGAUGGUCACAUUGUACAGCCGGGCACGAACCCAGAACACGCUGAAAUGAUGACCCGUUAUCGUGAUAUCCACCUGCGAGUACUAAAGCUGUUAGAAGACGCGAGGGUGUACGGCCACGCGUGGACAACUAAACAGAUCACAUACUGCGUAUCCGAAUGUAGGGAUGAACUGAGAUACAACCUGGAAGCUAUCGACUGUCUCGUAAGGAACCACCUGAUCAACAUGCCACAGUACGAUCUUGCGUUGGCACAUUUGAUGGACAACGGCAACAACUACGUCGCCGUGGCUUUCGCGAUGCAAGUGGUUCAGUUAUACCUUGUGGAUGACAGGAACAACGUGUACGCAACGGAAUCAGACCUCUAUCACACUACUGACACCCUCGUUAGGAUGAUGUCACACUCGCGGCAGCCGCCGCCAGAGGGUCUUGCCACAUUGAUUGAAACUAUCCGCAUCAACCAGGACCCGAGCACAUAUCUUGGUGAACGUUCACCUCUUGGACCCACCGCUCACAUUCACAAUGGCAUUUUGCAAGUGCGGGCCCGCGACUACGAGGAUCCACCCGGUCUCCAAGAGAAGACGGAAAAUCUGCUCCGCGAAUGGAGGAACGUGCUCCUCAGUCCACUCACUGAAAUAGAGAUCGGACAGAACUUCAAUAUAUACGUGCACAGGAUGAACAUGAAUGGCAUACUGAAAUCUGAUGACAUGAUCACACGUUUCUUCCGCAUAGCCACUCAGAUGUGCGUCGAGAAUGUAUACCAGCUGUUGAACGAGGACAGGAUGAAUCCUCCCCCCGUGCCGCCGAAGAGGGACAAGUAUUACGCUAUGUGCGACUCAUUCAUCAAGCUUGUGUCGCUGCUGAUUAAGAAUACGGCUGACGGAGGAAAUCCAACACCGAAAUUGAACUUAUUGAACAAGAUCCUGGGUAUAAUCGCGGGCUGUCUGCUGCAAGACCACGAGGAGCACGGCUCGAAUUUCCAGCAGCUGCCGUACCACCGUCUCCUGCUGAUACUGUUCCUAGACAUGAACAUGGCCGAACCCGUCCUUGAAUCUAUGAACUACCAGGUUCUAACAGCAUUCUGCCACACCCUCCGCAUCAUACGCCCGAGUGUAGCUCCAGGGUUUUGUUACGCGUGGCUUGAAAUAGUCGCCCACCGAGCAUUCGUGAAUCGUGUUCUGGCUGUGACGCCGCAACAGAAGGGUUGGGGGAUGUAUUCGACGCUGCUUAUCGACCUUUUCAAGUUCCUCGAUCCGUUCUUACGUAACACGGAGCUGGCGACGCCAGUCAUGAUGCUGUACAAGGGAACACUUAAAGUGUUGCUAGUAUUGCUCCACGACUUUCCCGAGUUUUUGUGUGACUAUCACUAUGGCUUUUGCGAUGAGAUCCCACCGAAUUGCAUACAGAUGAGGAAUCUCAUUCUGUCCGCGUUCCCGAGGAACAUGCGUCUGCCGGAUCCAUUCACACCCAACUUGAAGGUGGAUCUGUUGGCCGAGAUCACUCUACCACCGCGUGCCGUUAUCAACUACGCCAAUAUAAUACCGGCGUCGCAGUUCAAAAAGGAUCUGGACGCGUAUAUCAAGGCCAGGGCUCCGGUUACAUUCCUAUCGGAACUGCGCAGUAACAUGCAGGUGGUGAACGAGCCAGGUCGCAGGUACAACAGCCAGCUGAUGAACGCGGUGGUGCUUUACGUCGGGACGCAGGCGAUCGCUUACAUCCGUGCCAAAGGGCAGACGCCGAACAUGUCGACGAUAGCACAUUCAGCUCACAUGGAUAUAUUCCAGAAUUUCACCGUAGACUUUGACUAUGAGGGCCGGUAUCUAUUCUUGAACGCUAUCGCGAAUCAGCUCCGUUAUCCGAACAGUCACACGCACUACUUCAGUUGCUGCCUGCUGUAUCUGUUCGCCGAGGCUAACACGGAGGCUGUUCAGGAACAGAUAACGAGGAUGCUCCUAGAAAGGUUGAUAGUAAACCGACCACACCCCUGGGGGCUCCUCAUCACAUUCAUCGAACUCAUCAAAAAUCCUAUAUAUAAGUUCUGGACACACGAAUUCGUACAUUGCGCGCCCGAGAUCGAAAACAGGUUGUUCGCGUCGGUCGCCCGCUCGUGCAUCGCGGACAAGGCUGGGGGGGAAAGGGAUAUGACCGAGUAGCGCCGCGCCCUAUGGGAGUCUGUCCGUCGACAACAGUUCUCAGGAAUUGUUCAGGCAGGCUUCCAGAUGGCGCAACAGAGUCUUGCGUCAAUGCAGCAGCAACAGCAACAGCAACAGCCGCCGCAACAGCCCUCAACGUCACAGCCGGUCAAACAAUGGAAUAUGCUUUUCAAGAAGUAAAUACACCCACAGACUGAUAUACAGCGCUACUAUAAAACCGUUAACGGGAUAGUGUUGUGAUAGUGAGUGUUAUAGAACAAAUUGCUCAAUAAACGGACACACACACACACAAUGACAAUAGUGUAUUACAUUUAUCAGCUAUUAAUGUACAUAAGACUUUAUAUAUAGCAUUAUUCCAUUCGGUACCGUCUAGAUGUAAGUUGAUUGUAUGUCCUUAUGAAUCACAUGGUGAUAUGUUUGAGUGUUGUUGAAAUUUUAUUGUUCCGCGGCCCGGCCUGUACGGCGCGUUUGUCAAUUCGUUUGUAUUCAUCGUCUAUAAUAGAAUUUAAUAUGUACUGAAGUUUAUGUAAUUUAGUAGCGAUAUCAUCAAAUUGUUAUGGUGAUUUCAUUAUUAUUAUAUAUUUUUUUUUAUUCUUAAAUGUAAACCGAUAUUAACUUAAAAUAUAUAGCACAAGCAAUACCCGUUUAUUGUAUACAUAUUAAUGGCACGGUGUUGUAACACCGAACAGUCUAACGACGUUACAAUAGGAUGAGUAAAAUUAUAGAAAUUUAUAUUGUAAAAUAGUUUAUAAUUAAUUCCCUUGUAAUAGUAUAAGAUGUUGAAGAUUUGUCUGAUUCGUCAUGUAGGAAUUUAAUGUCCUUUGUCCGUGACGGUUCUGUGUUUAAAGAUUUCGAUGUUUUAUAUAUAUAUAAAUAUAUAUAACAGAACUCCUGUGACCCUAUGGAUAACUUAGCGGUGCAACUGUAUGAAGUAAAUUUGAAAUUGUGAUAUAUGUUAGAGCAGUGUCUGUUAUGCUGUAAUGAUUUAGCGUCUUUUAUUGAAUUGUAACUCAACUUCGGCGCUGCUAAGUGAUAUAGUUCAUCCUCAGCGUUCAUAUGAAUCGGUGGAGCCACUCGCGUAACUGUUCGAGUACUACUGAAAAAAUCACCUAUCUCGUACUGUUUGGAAUUGUGACGCGGUAUUGCUGCAUUUUAAUACGACGCGUCACAAACGAACAAGUCGAGCUAUGUAGUUUCUGUAUUUCAGUAAGUAUGUACUGUUGCUACGGAUGCGAAUACGACUACGACUGAUUUUCGUAAAAGAGGUUGCUAUAUUGAAGCGCCUUGUAUUUUCUCGUGUGUGGAAAACUAUCCUAGAUACUUGUAAUAUAGUACUAGUUAUUGAAGUAAUAAUAAUAUUAGAUAAAUAAUUAAUUAAUGAAGUAGUUUAUGUAAGUUUUCAACGGCAAUGCGCGCAGCUCUCGUGGUUGUAAUUAAAUUUUGUACAGUCCGUUCGCUUGGCUGUGUUUGUGAAAUCAGGAUGGUAUAGUUAUAGAAAAAAAAAAAUGUUAUUUCAAUGAGUUAUUUCGUGUAAUUUAAGAGCGCGAGUACGCAUGGUUACCAAUUCCCGUAGAGUGGCGCAUUGCUCUGUAAAGUUUAGGCGUUACUUUGGGCGUAAGUUAUUUACGGAGAAUUAGUGUUAAAGUUUAUUCUAAAAAUUAUCAUAAGCCAUAUACUCCUUUUUCUAAACAAUUUGUGUUGUAAUAAAGUAUUUUUUCAUCAAA